AUGUCACUUACACGCUCUGCAUAUCGCGUUGCUCUUACGUUCAAUUGGUUCGGACGCAAGAGUUUCCUUUGUGAACCUAUGUCUUCAGAGUCAACGCGUCUAUUGGGUACGAAACAUGUCGGGUUUUUGGGUUCCGGACAAAUGGCUCAGGCAUUGGCAAAGGGUUUUCUAUCAGCUGGUAUACUGAAAGGUGAACAAGUUACGAUGGCUGACGUAUUUUCGACAUCUUCAGCGGACGCACAUCUGUUUGAACCAAUCAAGCAAUUACAAGACGCAUAUGGAGUCGAGUACGUACAAAUGAACGAUGUGAUGGCAAAGAAAAGCGAUAUCAUCUUUAUCUGCGUAAAACCGCAUAUCGUUCGUCCAACUCUGAAGGGAAUUUCUCACGUUUUUGAUGGUAAAUUAGUCAUAUCCGUGGCAGCGGGUGUCACUCUGGAACAGUUGAGUCAGGUUGUUUCGCAAUCGACUCGUCUGAUUCGAAUUAUGCCAAAUACCCCUUGUUUGGUUGGAGCAGGCACGGCGUUCUUUGCCGUUGGACCCAGCGCGUCCGCUGAGGAUGUUCUGCUUACGAAAAUGUUGUGCUCUAGUAUUUUCAACGUGUUUGAAGAGGUCCCGGAAACCAUGUUUGAUGCUGCGACUGGAAUUUCUGGAUGUGGACCAGCCUAUAUGUACCUCAUUGUAGAAGCUUUAACCGACGGUGGUGUAAGAAUUGGACUACCCCGACAGCUUGCUCACAAAUUGGCAGUCAGCACAAUGCUCGGAUCUGCCAUCAUGAUGGAAAAGACAGGAGAGAAUCCGGCAAAACUGAGGGGAGAUGUGUGCUCUCCCGGUGGAGCCACCAUAGCUGCCAUCCAUACACUUGAAGAGGGUGGACUACGUGCAACGAUAAUGAAUGCUGUUAAGGCAGCCGCUGUGCGUUCCGGAGAGCUUAGUAAGUAACCGACCCCUUGGCACGGUACGCAAGUUCCACAUAAUCAAUGCCCAAACCUUG